CAUGUGUGUGUGUGAGUGAGAGAGAGAGAGAAAGUGAGAGAGAGAGGAGGGAUGACAGGAGAUGUGGUUGUUGCCGCGGCAGCAGAGCAGGACAGAUCUGAGACUGUAAAACAACACUCCUCCUCCUCUUCCACCUUCUUCUUCCUUUUUAUCAUUAUUGCUCUUUCCUCCUGCAUCCAUCCGUCCCGUUUCCACCUGGGAAAACCUACCUCUUCCUUCCUCACCAUCAUCAUCAUCACCCUCAGCUGUGACAGGGCAGCCAUACAUGGACACGGAGAAAGGACCCGACGCCUCCUCCUCGCUCUUCAAAACAAACCUGCUGUCCCUCCGCCACUACCACCACUAAUGCCUCGCUGUCUUGAGCAAGAGCGAGAGAGACAGUAAAACACGCGGGGAGAUAAAGGAACAUUUGGGAGGAGAAAAACAGCAAGCAAAGGCAGAAAGAGAAAGAGAGGAAGAGUGAGGCUGCAGAUCCAUAAUCGCCACGGCAGAGAAACACUUAAAGGGAGGGAGGCAACAGAGGCAAUUCUGUCUAUCUUGCAACUUUAAGGGACCAUCAUCACAAUUUAAUAAGAAUUUGAAAGGCUGCGGCGCUGCAACAAAUCUGUCUUCAGAGGGAGAGAGAGCUCGAGUCAAACAGAGAGAGGGAGGAGAGCGAGAGGGAGAAAGUAACAAGGUUGCAGACAGACACAAAAGCCUUAACGCUUUCCACCCUGGAUUUUUUCUCUUUUUGCUUUCUCUUGUAAAUACCAGCAGCAAUAAACAAAUAACUUUAUUAUUAUUUUAAGAAAUUCUCCUGUUCUGAGGUCUCAAGACUUCUUCUGUCAAGGUUCUUAGUUUUGAGUUUUGUUAUUUAGAAGUUUUUCAGUUUCUCAUCCGCAAAAGUAAAAAAAACAUUCCAAGGACAUUUCCGUUUUGAGUAUCUGAUAUUCUUGAGAGUUUGCCGGUUUUAAACGUGUCCUCGUUUUUACCCCAGAGCUCUUCUUUUAUUUUUGAAAGCAACCGGAAGGCUCCAUCCCCCGUCUAACAGAAGGACGCCCCAGGCUCACAAUAAAGACGGGCCGCACACCUGUCAGAUGCAUUGGCCUUCCCGUUACUUCACGGCGUUCUUUUCAUGGCUUGACACCUAACCAUCACCGGACCCCUCCCUCUGCCUGUCCUCCUCCCCCCCUUCCUCCUCCUCAUCAUGUCCGACCACGUCCUCUCUACCUGCCCCGACCGCUCUAGGAAAUCAGGUCAGGGAACGAAGUGAGCGAAGAUUUAGUCUAGGCGCUUACGCAGAAUUUGUUGGCCCCACUCUCCCUUCGAGGACACAACUCGACUCUCCACGGGUGCGACGCUCUGAUGCAAGAUGGCGGCCGGCGUGGCGACGUGGCUGCCGUUUGCACGGGCGGCGGCAGUGGGCUGGCUGCCGCUGGCCAAGAAGACAAUGCCCAAACCCCCUGUAGACAAAUCAUCCAAAUCAGAUGAGAUCCUAUACGUCAACGUCAGCGGGGUCAGGUUUCAGACGUGGAAGAACACUCUGGAUCGCUAUCCGGACACGCUGCUGGGCUCCUCGGAGAAGGAGUUUUUUUACAAUGAAGACACGCAGGAGUACUUCUUCGACAGGGACCCCGAAAUGUUCCGGCAUAUUCUGAACUUUUACCGCACCGGGAAGCUCCACUACCCGAGAAAUGAGUGCAUCCAGGCCUUCGAUGAGGAGCUGGCCUUUUACGGCAUUGUGCCAGAGAUCAUCGGAGAUUGCUGCAUGGAGGAAUACCGAGACAGGAAAAAGGAGAACCAGGAGCGUCUGGCAGAGGACACGGAGGCCAAUGAAGGCUUGGACGCCCCCCUCCCUCCGCACAGCACAUCCAGGGAGCGUCUCUGGCGAGCCUUCGAGAACCCCCACACGUCCACCAUGGCGCUGGUCUUCUACUACGUCACCGGCUUCUUCAUCGCUGUCUCUGUCAUCGCUAACGUGGUGGAGACGGUCCCCUGCCGGCCCCCCAAAGGCAGCUUCAAAGACCUUCCCUGUGGGGAGAAAUACCAGCUGGCCUUCUUCUGCAUGGACACGGCCUGCGUGCUCAUCUUCACCUUCGAGUACCUGAUGCGUCUGUUUGCCGCGCCCAGCCGCUGCAAGUUCAUGCGCUCUGUGAUGUCGGUGAUCGACGUGGUGGCCAUCAUGCCCUACUACAUCGGCCUGGUGAUGCCCGAGAAUGAGGACGUGAGCGGGGCCUUCGUCACCCUCCGGGUUUUCCGCGUCUUCCGGAUCUUCAAGUUCUCGCGCCACUCGCAGGGUUUGAGGAUUUUGGGCUACACGCUGAAGAGCUGUGCCUCCGAGCUCGGCUUCCUGCUCUUCUCCCUCACCAUGGCCAUCAUCAUCUUCGCCACCGUCAUGUUCUACGCCGAGAAGGGCACCAAGGGCUCCACCUUUACCUCCAUCCCGGCCUCCUUCUGGUACACCAUUGUCACCAUGACAACGCUGGGGUACGGUGACAUGGUUCCUAACACCAUCGCCGGGAAGAUCUUCGGUUCGAUCUGCUCUCUCAGUGGCGUGCUGGUGAUCGCCCUGCCGGUCCCCGUCAUCGUCUCCAACUUCAGCCGCAUCUACCACCAGAACCAGAGAGCAGACAAGAUGAGAGCACAGCAGAAAGUGCGCUUGGCUCGGAUCCGCAUGUCAAAGAAAGGAACAGCAAACGCCUUCCUCCAGUACAAAGAAGACAGAGUGCUCGGGGACCGGGACAGUGACAGCACGGCUCUGUGCGUGAAGAACAGGUCGGCGUUCGAGCACCAACACAACCAUCUGCUGCACUGUCUGGAGAAAACAACGAACCACGAGUUCACGGACGAGAUGACCUACAGCGAGUUGUGUAUGACCGAGUCUGUGGGCUACAGGACCAGCCGCAGCACCUCCCUGUCGAGCCAGCAGGGGGCGCAGAACAACUCCACUGGCUGCUGUCCGCGACGGGCCAGGAGGAGAGCUGCCAUGCGACUGGCCAACUCCACGGUGUCCGUCAGCCGAGGGAGCAUCCAGGAGCUGGACACCCUGCACAUCAAAACCACCUCCAUACCACCACAGACUCGUUCCAGUCUGAACGCCCAGACCAACACCCUGAAGCUGAACUGCGGGGAACACGAUUACACUGCUGCUAUCAUCAGCAUCCCCACACCGCCUGCCAACACCCCUGACGAGAGCCUCCCCCCGUCGCCCGUCCCUAUCCCCGGCAUCCUGCGCAACACCCGCGCUACCGCCUACACCCACGAAACCGUCAAAGUCUCCUCCUUAUAACCCUCGGACCUCACCUGCAACCUCCACCUGUCCUCGUCUCCCACCGUGCCGCCCCACCAGUCACCCUCCCUGUAAACAUUGAAGAUCCCCUUGAACCUCUUAACCUGAACUGGGGGG